CAACACUCACAACUCACAAGUAUUCAAAAAACUUCUUCAACUAUUUUCAAAAAUAUUCUCUGAGAAAAGAACAAAAUGAUGAACACAAAAAGUGUAGCGGUGUUAAUGAUGGUGAUGAUGGUAGCAAUGGGAAUGCAGAACAUUUUGGUUCAGGCUAAUCGUCCCUUGUGUGAAUUUUCUGGUACUUGUGGUGGUCGUCUUGAACCUUCUCCUUCUCCUUUACAAGAUGAUAGCUUUUUCGAUUCCGGUCAUACCCCAAAUCCUUCACAAGAUGAUAGCAUUUUUGAUUCCGGUCAUACCCCAAAUCCUUCACAAGAUGAUAGUUUUUUUAAUUCCGGUCACACCCCAAAUCCUUCACAAGAUCUUAACUCUUUUGAUUUUGAUCUUUCUUCCAAACCUCCUGCUCCGUCAUCAGAUGAUUUCGGUUUUGAUCUUGCUCCAAAUUCUAUUUCUCCUUCACCAAUGUCAGUCGGAUCAAAAAUGUACUUCUGCAUGUAUGGUUGUUCAAUUCAUCACUGCAUUAACCUUGGCAAAGACCCAAAAGAUAUAGAACAGUUUGACAAUUGCGUUGCAAAAUGUUCGGAGACGUGUACGAAGAAGAAGGAAAGCGAAGAUACAUAUGUCUAAAUUAAUAAAGAGCAAAUGAUUAUUAAUAGAGAGCUUCUCGUAUCGUAUCAUUUAUUUAUUUCUUGCUCAUGGCAUGGAUAAUCAGAUGUAUCAUCUGAUCAUGAUGUUUUGUAUGAGACGUAAUAAAUAUAAUGACUAUUAAUUAUGAAAUU